AUGAACAGUGACAACAAACUAGUAAAGCUUAUAGAGAAGAUGUAUCCCAAUAUAGAAAAGGCUGAAGUACAAAGAUUGUUAUCCGAUAUGAGUCUAACACAGAAUGACAUGUGCGGUUUGUUGUUGUAUCUUUGUGAUCAUCCUUUGAGUGAUUGGCAGCUUAAAGAAAUUUUGAAUGCUGUGUCAGAAAGAGUUGAUAAUAUAAACUGGAGAUUGAUAUAUGAGAUUAUACUGGAUGGGAAUGAAAAGGUAUGUAAUGUGGAAUACUUAGAAAUGUUAAUUAAGUGUUGGGUAACUAUAUCAGGAAUAAUAACUGUUCCAUAUGAAAUAUUUUUUAAGAAGGUAAAGAUGCUCCCUAAGAAUGUUCAUGACAAAUUUUUUAAAUUGAUAAUUGAUAACAGCACAGGAACCGUUUCACUCUACUCAAAUAUAUUUUUUAAGAGAUUGAUAUCACAUGAUGAGUUUAAAGUUAAGUUAAAAAAGAAUAUUACUUAUGAAUCUAAUUUAAACUGUAAUGAGUUAUUUGAUGCUAUAGAAGAUUCAGCAGAUUUGAUAGAAUACGUCAAACUGAAAAGUCCCGAAUAUUGUACAAUUGGUUUAUCAAAAAUUUUAAUGAAAAAAGUAUGUGAUAAGUCUAACUGUGAUAAGAACUGUGAACAUAACUAUGAACAUAGAAAGGUAUUUCUAACCCUGUUUAAGCAAUAUUCUGAGAAUACAACUAACCAUUUCGUAUUUCAUAUACUAUUUGCUAGAAUGGAAAAAAGUAUUUUCUUUUAUAUGGAAGAGGUAGAGUUGACAUUGACGAAAAGUUUGGAUUUGUUGUUAGAACAUAAAGCUUUAUCAUUACUUGCCGAUACUUUAAAACCUUAUAAGUUUUGCUGUGAUAUAGUAAUUUUGAGUAGUAGAAGAGAUCAUUUAAAUUUAGAAUUUUGGUUAAAUAAUAUAAAAGAUAUACAUAGGUUUGUUCAAUACCUUCAUCAUAAAAUUUGUGUGCUUUCAAAUGGCAUGUUUCCUUUUACAAGACAGAUUGUUGCGGCAGUUUUAAAAAUAGUUGAACAAAGAAUAAAUGAUUCAAAGGAAUUAAAUCGUGAUGUUCUUAAAGAUAUAAAUGACAUGAUAAAUGAGAUAGUUUUGAUUAAUGCUGAUACUGGAUCAUCAAGGGAUAAAAUUACUGCAUAUUUAACAGACAUUAUUCAAUCAAAUUUACAGAUAGAGGAUAUUAUAAAGAAAUUAACUGAAUAUAUGAAAAGUGAUGAGCAAGGAGUUAGUAGAAGUGUUCUCACUGUCUUUAUUGAAAAUUACAAAGGUUUUUAUAAAUUACCUAAUUCUGAUGUUGUUGCUAAGUUGUAUGGAGAAUUGAUUAAGAGACAAUAUGGACUUAAAAGUUUUAUUAGACAGUCAAUUUCAUUAGUUAAACAAUCACUGGCCAAUCCCAAGAAUGAUAAGGAAUUUUCAUUUGCAUUUAAAAUACUUGAAGUUUUUUAUAAUGACAAUCCAGAUGAAUUUAAAGAACUUGAAUCAAUGGAAAAUUUGGUACUCGGAUUAAUUAAGAAAGAGUUGAUUAUAAUUGAUGAAGACUCUAAAAACAACCUUUCAAUUGAACAAAUUGUUAAAACAGUAACUGGUAUUGAAAAUUAUAAUAAGUCACUUUUAAAUAGUUUUAACGAAUCCACUUCUGUUAAAGCAACUCAAAAUGAGAUUAUUGCUGUUAUUCUGAUUAACCUGACUAAAGAUAAUAUUUCAUUUGUUAAAUUUGUUAAUAAACAGAACCGAUCGUUUUACAAUGCUUUGGUUGGAUAUUCAUUUGCAGUUCUUAAUCAGAUGUUACAGUGCUCAUUUAGUGAUGAAAAUAAUUAUGUGAGUAAUUUGGGUGUCUUUUUAGGGAAAAUAAUUUUAGCUAAAAAUAGACCAGUUCAGAUAGAAAAUUUUGAUUUAGAGAAUUUUAUACUAAACACAGUUGAAUACAAAAGAGUAACAAUAUCGGUAUUGUUUACUACUAAAUUCCUUUUACAGGGGUUGGAAGGUGAUAUUUAUAUUCCUAAUAAUCCUUGGUUGAUGAAAAUAUUGUAUUUAAUGAGGGAAUUAUACUCUUGUACACUAUUUGAUAUAAGAAAGUAUAUUUUAGAGUUAUUUAGAGGAUUUGGUAUAAAAUUGAUAGGAGUUAAACCAAUUCGAAUAAUAGGACCACUUGCACCAUAUAAUUUUAAUCUACUUAGUUCUCUUGAUACCUCUAACGAUUCAAAUUUAAAAAUAGACAAAAAUUUUAUAAUUAAGGUUGCUGUUAUAUCAUUUGACUUUUCAAUCAGAGAAACAGCAAGUCUUAUAGUUAAUAACGCUUUGAAAAUAUGUGCUCGAUUAGCGUUGUAUUCGUUUAAACGAUAUUCAUUGUCUAAGUUUUAUUUAAAAAACUUCUUUAUCAAUACAAUACAGAGUUUAGUAAUGGUUAAUUCCCAUGAUAUAGUUAAGAAGUCUCUUAGUGAUAAUGUGUCACAUUUUAUGAAAAUUGGAUGUAUUUCUAUCAAAGAAAGUACUAUAUUGUUAUUAAUUAAAGAUAAUCUUCAAAUAGUCAUUGAUGUAGUUAAAGAAUCAGCUGUGUCUACAGUAAUAGAUAAACUUGAUGAUUUAUAUGAGUGGAUAGAAAGGAAUAGAAAAAUAGCUGAGGAAUUUAAUACCUUAAAAAUUAAUCAGAAUAAUGAUAUGGCACUUGAUUGUCUUAUUGGUAACUCAACUUAUAUGAAGAAGAGACCACUUAGAACAAUUGAAAAUAAUGAGUACCAAGAAAUUAGGAGUUUGCUUAUUCAAUUAGGAAGAAAGAUUCCUAUUAAGAAGAGAGAUUUUAUUACAGAAGAAUUUCCAAUGAUUCUUAAAGAUAGAAGAUAUCAGAACUUUAGAAAUAUUAUUUCCCAUAUUGAGACAAAAAGUAUAAAUAAGGAUGAAGAUUGUUUGAAUUUAGCAAAAUAUCUUGUAGGACAUGCAAUCUCAACUAAUUGUGAAGAAGAUUUUAUAUUUGAAUUUUUAUCAGUGGUGUUUUCAAUGAGUCCAGGAACAAUGAGUGAAACUGUAGGGUGGUUGAUUUAUUCAGAUAGUGAAUCAAGAAAUAUAAAGUUAACAAAGAAGUUUAUAGAAAAUGACUUUGUUUUUAUUGAGGAAUACGACUCAGCAUUAGCAAGAUCAAUACCUAAGGAUGAAACAGGUGCUACAAUGGAACAUUCAAUUAGCUUGAUUAGUGAGGUUGUAUUAGGAGAUGAUACUAUUUGUUCAGUUUAUAAUUUUAUAAGAACUGUUGAGGCAAUAGCUAGAAAUAUGAAUAUGAGUUUAAAUGCAAAUGAUUUUCUUAAGAAACUUGAGAGUAAAAUGAUUGAUUUUGGUACCAGCAAUGAGAAAGAUAUUUUUAAAGAAUUUGUUAUGAAAAAUAAUAUGAAUGUGCCAUUUAAGCAAUUACAUUGUAAAUUUAAACAAUUGUAUCAAUUAGAAGAUUUUAGAUUCUUGACAGCUUUAAAGAAUGCAUGGCAGCAUUUUAUAUUUUAUAGUGGUGAAUAUGCUUAUUUUAAGGUUGAUAUUCUAGCACAUCUCAUAAAACAUGAUGCAUGUUCAUUUAUCUAUUCAGCUCUAGAGAUUUUAUUACAAAGUAUUGAGAAAAGAGUUUAUGUCUUUAAUGUGUUUUUCUGUAGAUUCUUUGUUAAAUUUUUAGAUUCAAUAUCAUCUGAGACACUAACAUCACAAUUAUCUCAUCACUACAGGGUAUUUACAUUUAAAGUUAUAGAAUUGCUAACACCUUCAAUAGUGCCGGUAUUUACAGCUCAGUUCUUAGAAAUAGUUAAUCAUAGUUACUUUAAUAGUAAUUCAGAUGUUGAAAAUCUUUUCAUUAUAAAAGAACUAUUAACAUCAUUGAAUUACAAUCUUAAGCUUGAAAGAUCUAUAUUUGAUUAUUUGAUUAAACCUGAGAGAACUGUAUUUCUUAAGAAGUAUAAUACCUACUUAUCUUUCUUAUGUCCUAAUCAUUGUAUAAAUAUUAAGAACUUAUUUAAUCGAGGUCCCAGAUCACCUACUUAUAAUUCAUACAACUGUUACUUUACUAAGAAUGGUCAACAUCACAAUUUUAUGGAUGUCAUUGAUUUUUGUGAGUCUAACAACCAUGAUCAGUUGAAAUAUUUCCUUAAGAAGUUUCCUAAAGAAACAAUAUUUUCUAUUGUUAUCAGAUAUUAUGGUAGAAUGCCAUCUGAUAGUAUUUGUAAAGCAUAUGAAGAAGCUUGUAAAAUAGAUAAAGAUUAUGUUAGCAGUAUAGAAACGAAAUAUUCUUUUAUAAAUAAAUAA